AAAGAUAAGGAACCGGCCGUAGCGCCUACUCCCGACGCAUGCUGGGAGCCUGGAGGUCUUGGGAGGAGGAGUUGAGAGAACGGAGCGGCCGCCAUGGCGACAAACAUCGAGCAGAUCUUCAGGUCCUUCGUGGUCAGUAAAUUCCGGGAAAUUCAGCAAGAGCUUUCCAGUGGCAGGGUUGAAGGCCAGCUGAAUGGUGAAACAAAUCCACCUGUAGAAGGAAACCAGUCAGGUGAUGCAGCUGCCUGUGCAAGGAGCCUACCAAAUGAAGAAAUAGUGCAGAAGAUAGAAGAAGUGCUGUCUGGGGUCCUAGACACAGAAUUGCGAUAUAAACCAGAUUUAAAGGAGGCUUCCAGAAAAAGUAGAUGUGUAUCUGUACAGACAGACCCUACUGAUGAAAUUCCCACCAAAAAAUCAAAGAAACAUAAAAAACACAAAAAUAAAAAGAAGAAAAAGAAGAAAGAGAAAGAGAAAGAGAAAAAAUACAAGAGACAGUCAGAAGAAUCUGAGUCAAAGCUGAAAUCUCAUCAUGGUGGGAAUAUAGGGUUAGAGUCUGAUUCCUAUUUGAAGUUUGAUUCAGAGCCCUCAGUGAUGGGGCUGGAACACCCUGUCAGAGCACUUGGGCUGCCUAAGCCCCCUGCAGUAAUGCUGAAGUCACCAACAAUGACAUUGGGACUGAAUGAAUCCCCUGCAGUUGCUCUGGAACCUCCUACAAUGGCAGUAGAGGUAUCAGAACCACAUACUUUAGUAGCACUGAAGCCAGCUUCAGUUGGGGAACUAUCAGAACUACAUGCAGCAUUAGUCCCAGACCCCUUCACGUUAGAUCGACCAGAAUCUUCUGUGGCAGUAACACUGGAAUCAUCUGUGAAACAGACAUUGGAAUCUCCUGCAGUGAUGCCAGUGCCUACUACAACAGUAGUGCUGAAGUCAUCUGAGGCACAUGUGACAGUAUCAUCUGAAUACAGUGCAAGAUCUAUGCCGAAGCAUUUGGAGAUUCCAUCUUCAGAGCAGUCAAAGAUCACAUUGCUUGAGCCUCCAGCAUCAAAACUGCUAGAGUUAUCAGAAACUUGUGUGGUGACAGCAUCAGAGACACCUGCAGAGGUCCAUCCUAGGUCAAGCUCGAUGACAGCUUUAGAGUUGCCAGAGUCAUCUGUAACUGAAGUUUUGAGGGUGCCUGAGCAAUCUACAACAAUACCAUUGUUGUCUGUGGAGCCUCCUACAACUACCGUGUUAGAGUUGCCCAAACCACCUGCAGUCUCAAUGCCAGAGAUGCCUGGGCCCCCCACAACACCAGUGCUGGAGUUACCAGGACCCCCCACAACACCAGUGCCAGAGUUCCCAGGGCCUCCUGUGACAUCAGUGCCGGAGCUGCUGAGAACCCCUGCGACGUCAUUGCCGGAGCUGCCAGGGACCCCCGUGACGUCAGUGCCGGAGCUGCGGCCCCCUGUGAUGUCGGUGACGGAGCUGCCAGGGCCCUCCAUGACAUCGAUGCCAGAGGUGCCGGGCCCCCCUGUGAUUCCGGUGCCAGAGGUGCCGAUUCUGGAGGUGCCAGGGUCCCCUGUGGCAUCGGUACUUGAGUUUCGGGGGCCCCCUGCAACACCGGUGCAGGUUCCGGAGUUGCCGGGGCCCCCCGGGACACUGGUGCCAGAGUUGCCGGGGCCCCCUGUGACACUGGUACGUGUACCAGAGUUGCCGGGGCCCUCAGCAACACCAGUGCUUGAGUUGUCACAGGAUUUGCCUGGGCUUCCAGCACCAUCGAUGGUGUCAGAGUUGCCUCAGGAGGUGCCAAGGCAACCCACGAUGGCGCUGGAAAUGCCGCAAGAGUUGCCUGGGCUGCCUGUGGUGACAACAGCAUCAGAGUUGCCUGGGCAGCCUGUGGCGACUGUGGCUUUGGAAUUGGCAGAACCACCUGUGAUGACAACAGAGCCGGAGCAGCCUACAGUGAUGCCAGCGCUGGAGUUGCCGGGGCAACCUGAGGUGAUGACAGCAGCAGGGUUGCCUGGGCAGCCUGUGGCUACAACAGCACCAGAGUUGCCUGGGCAGCCUGAGGUGCCAGAGUUGCGGGGGCUGCCUUCGGUGACCGGGGUGUCAGAGUUGCCAGGGCAGCCCUCAGCAACUGUGGUACAGGAGUUGCCGGGGCAGUCUGGGGCACUAGGGCAGCCUGUGGCAAAUGUGGCACUGGAGUUGCUGGGGCAGCCUGUAGCAGCAGAGCUGUCAGGGCAACCCACAGUAGCUGCAGCGCUAGAGUUGCCAGGGCAGCCUGUGGCAACUGUAGCGCUAGAAAUGUCAGGUCAUUCAGUGAUGACAACAUCGGAUCUGCCAACGAUGACCGUUUCCCAAUCCCUGGAGGUGCCUUCAACCACAGCGCUGGAAUCAUACAGUACAGUAGCACAGGAGCUACCUACCACAUUAAUGGGGGAGACAUCUGUAACAGUAUCAGUGGAUCCCCUGAUGGCCCCUGAGUCCCAUAUGUUAUCUUCCAAUACCAUGGACUCCCAGAUGUUAGCUUCCAAUACCAUGGACUCCCAGAUGUUAGCUUCCAACAGCAUGGACUCCCAGAUGUUAGCUUCCAACACCAUGGACUCCCAGAUGUUAGCUUCCAACACCAUGGACUCCCAGAUGUUAGCUUCCAACACCAUGGACUCCCAGAUGUUAGCUUCCAACACCAUGGACUCCCAGAUGUUAGCUUCCAACACCAUGGACUCCCAGAUGUUAGCAACUAGCACCAUGGACUCCCAGAUGUUAGCAACUAGCACCAUGGACUCCCAGAUGUUAGCUAGCACUAGCACCAUGACCAUGGACUCCCAGAUGUUAGCAACUAGCACCAUGGACUCCCAGAUGUUAGCAACUAGCACCAUGGACUCCCAGAUGUUAGCAACUAGCACCAUGGACUCCCAGAUGUUAGCAACUAGCACCAUGGACUCUCAGAUGUUAGCAACUAGCACCAUGGACUCCCAGAUGUUAGCCUCCAGCACCAUGGACUCUCAGAUGUUAGCCUCCAGCACCAUGGACUCCCAGAUGUUAGCCUCCAGCACCAUGGAUGCCCAGAUGUUGGCAUCUAGUACACCAGAGUCCUCUAUGCUAGGUCCCAAGUCACCUGAUCCCUACAGGUUAGCCCAAGAUCCAUACAGGUUAGCCCAGGAUCCCUACAGGUUAGGUCACGACCCUUACAGGUUAGGUCAUGACCCUUACAGAUUAGGGCAGGACCCCUAUAGGCUAGGCCAUGAUCCCUAUAGGCUAGCUCCUGACCCUUAUAGAAUGUCUCCCAGGCCAUAUAGGAUAGCACCCAGGCCAUAUAGAAUAGCACCUAGGCCCUAUAGAUUAGCACCCAGGCCCCUAAUGUUAGCAUCUAGGCGCUCUAUGAUGAUGUCAUAUGCUGCUGAACGCUCUAUGAUGUCAUCCUAUGCUGCUGAACGUUCCAUGAUGUCUUAUGAACGUUCUAUGAUGUCACCAAUGGCUGAGCGCUCUAUGAUGUCGGCCUAUGAGCGCUCUAUGAUGUCAGCCUAUGAGCGCUCUAUGAUGUCUCCCAUGGCUGAGCGCUCUAUGAUGUCAGCCUACGAGCGUUCCAUGAUGGCUUAUGAGCGCUCCAUGAUGUCUCCAAUGGCUGAGAGGUCAAUGAUGUCUAUGGGUGCUGACCGUUCCAUGAUGUCAUCCUAUUCUGACCGUUCUAUGAUGUCAUCCUAUUCUGACCGUUCUAUGAUGUCAUCUUAUACUGCUGACCGCUCAAUGAUGUCUAUGACUGCUGAUUCCUACGCUGAUUCCUAUACAGAUUCAUAUACUGAGGCAUAUAUGGUACCACCUCUGCCUCCUGAGGAGCCCCCUACCAUGCCACCUUUGCCACCAGAGGAGCCCCCCAUGACACCACCAUUGCCUCCUGAGGAGCCCCCUGAGGGACCAUCAGUACCUGUUGAGCAGUCAGCAUUACCUGUUGAAAAUACAUGGGCUACUGCUGGAACAGCAUUACUCUCUGAAGAACCAGCUUUGCCUCCUGAGCAUCCUGUAAUGCAGACAGAGAUUCCAGAGUCUACAAUGUCCGAUUAUUCUGUAGGAGCUCCAGAGCCCUCAAUAUUAACAUCAGAGCCUGCUGUAACUAUUUCAGAGCCACCACCAGAGCCAGAAUCUUCUAUGACAUCAACAUCUUUAGAGUCUCAUAUGACACAAGAACAUGCUAUUGUAGGGCCACAGGCGGCUGUCCUAUCUUCUGGGCCCAAUGCAGUGUCAGAGACUGCUAUACUAACUGCAGAACCUACUGAACCUUCUAUUGUGACAGAGUCAGUGGAAACCUUUGAGCCUAUUUUAGCAUCUGGGCCUAUCUCAGAACAGAUUAUGUAUCUGACUGAGGUGGCAGUCCCAGAGCCCUCAGAAAUGGCAGUCCCAGAGGUGGCAGUUGCAGAGCCAACAGAGGUGGCGGUCCCAGAGACAACAGAGGUGGCGAUCCCAGAACCAACAGAGACAGUGAUUCCAGAGCCAGCAGAGGUGGCAAUCCCAGGAUUGGCUGAGAUGGUGGCCCAGGGGCCAGCUGAGAUGGCAGUCCAGGGGUCAGUUGAGGUGGUGGUCCAGGGGCCAGCAGAUAUGGCAGUCCAGGGGCCGGCUGAGGUGGCAGUCCAGGGGCCGGCUGAGGUGGCAGUCCAGGGGCCAGAAGAGGUGACUUUCCAGGGGUUGGCUGAGGUGACUUUCCAGGGGCCGGCAGAGGUGGCAGUCCAGGGGCCAGCAGAGGUGGUAGUCCAGGGGCCCACAGAGAUGGUGGACCAAGGGCUGACAGAAGUGAUGGUCCAGGGAACAGCAGAGGUGAUGUUCCAGGAGCCAGCCACAGCGGUGGUUCAGGAGUCUGCCAUGCUGGUCCCAGAGCUGACUGCAGCACUCCCAGAGCCAACCAUGACUGAGGUGGCCAUACCAGAACCCACAGUCUUAGAGCCAUCUGCCACAGUGCCUGAUGGUACUGUAGUGGUUCCAGAACCUACACCAAUGAUGGAGUCUACAGUCAUGAUUUCCGAGCCUGUUAUUAAAAGAACAGAUGUAGCCUCAUCUAUUGAGUCUAAUCUUUCUCAACAGACCACCAUACAGGAAAUGUCCAUUCAGUUGAGUGAAGAGGCAAAUAAUGAAAAAAGGCAACUGGAGAGUCAUUCUUAUGAAAGCAUGCACCAUGUAAAUAUACUUUUGGAUGUAAAUAGUCCUUUAAUUGCAAAAGAGACAGAACACAACACUGUUUUUGCCACUAGCCCUGUUGUUGUUGGUGAAGUUGGUGUGGAGAAAUUUUUGCCUGGCAGUGAAACUGAUCAUAACACAGUGUUGACCACCUGCCCUAGUGAAGCUAGUAUAGUUGGAACUGUAUCUACCACCAGUUCCCAUAUUCAUGAACUUGAUGUAAAGGGAACUACUAAGGAAAUUGAACUUUAUACAGCAUCUAUCAUCAGCUCAGUAAGUAAGGCUGAUGUGGAGGGACCUUUACCUACUCAAGAGAUUGAACAUGACAUGGUAAUUUCUACUAGUCCUAGUGGUGGUAGUGAAGCUGAUAUUGAGGGGCCUUUGCCUGCUAAUGACAUUCACCAUGAUGUAUUGUCUGCUAAUAAUCUACUUGGUAAGACUGAUCAAGAAGAAGCAUUACCUGUGAAAGAUAGUGAACAUGAUACGGUCAUUGGUAUCUGCCAUAAAGAUGGUGGUAGUGAAGCAGAGAAAGAGACUCCACUGCCUGCCAAAAAUACUGAACCUGAGCCUGUAUUUGCUGCCAGCAUUUGUGAUCUUAAUGAUGCAGAUCUAGUGAGACCUUUACUUCCCAAGGAUAUGGAACGUGUCACAAGCCUUAGGACUGAUAUAGAGGGACCUUUGUCUACAAGUGGAAUUGAACGUGACAUAGUAACUACUGCCAGCCCUGUUGUUAUUAGCAUACCUGAAAGAGCGUCAGAGUCUUCAUCAGAAGAAAAGGAUGAUUAUGAAAUCUUUGUGAAAGUUAAGGACACACAUGACAAGAGCAAAAAAACUAAAAGCCGUGAUAAAGGUGAGAAAGAGAGGAAAAGAGAUUCUUCAUUAAGAUCUCGAAGUAAGCGCUCUAAAUCUUCAGAACACAAAUCACGUAGACGCACAAGUGAAUCCCGUUCAAGAGCAAGGAAGAGAUCAUCCAAGUCUAAGUCUCAUAGAUCCCAAACACGGUCACGGUCGCGUUCAAGACGUAGGAGGAGAAGCAGCAGAUCAAGAUCAAAGUCCAGAGGAAGGCGUUCUUUAUCAAAAGAGAAACGUAAAAGGUCUCCAAAACACAGGUCCAAAUCUAGGGAAAGAAAAAGGAAAAGAUCUAGCUCUAGAGAUAAUCGCAAAGUAGCCAGAGCUCGAAGUCGUACACCUAGUCGUCGCAGUAGAAGUCAUACUCCUAGUCGACGAAGAAGGUCUAGGUCUGUGGUUAGAAGAAGGAGCUUUAGCAUUUCUCCUGUUCGUCGUAGCCGCACCCCUAGCCGCCGCAGCCGCACCCCUAGCCGCCGCAGCCGUACUCCAAGCCGCCGCAGCCGCACCCCAAGCCGUCGAAGAAGAUCUAGAUCUGUGGUAAGACGAAGAAGCUUUAGCAUAUCACCAGUUCGGCUAAGGCGAUCACGGACACCCUUGAGGAGGCGUUUUAGUAGAUCUCCUAUUCGCCGAAAACGUUCCAGAUCUUCUGAAAGAGGCAGGUCACCACCUAAACGUCUAACGGAUUUGGAUAAGGCUCAACUACUUGAAAUAGCCAAAGCUAAUGCAGCUGCCAUGUGUGCUAAGGCUGGUGUUCCUUUACCGCCAAACCUAAAACCUGCACCUCCACCAACAGUAGAAGACAAAGUUGCUAAAAAGUCAGGAGGAGCCACAAUAGAAGAGCUCACUGAGAAAUGCAAACAGAUUGCACAAAGUAAAGAAGAUGAUGAUGUUAUAGUGAACAAGCCCCAUGUUUCGGAUGAAGAGGAGGAAGAACGUCCUUUCUAUCAUCAUCCUUUUAAACUCAAUGAACCUAAACCCAUUUUUUUCAACUUAAAUAUCGCUGCUGCAAAGCCAACUCCACCAAAAAAUCAGGUAACAUUGACAAAAGAAUUUCCUGUAUCAUCUGGCUCUCAACACAGAAAAAAGGAAGCAGAUAGUGUUUAUGGAGAGUGGGUUCCCGUAGAGAAAAAUGGUGAAGAAAACAAAGAUGAUGAUAAUGUCUUCAGUAGCAAUUUGCCUACUGAGCCUGUGGACAUCUCUACAGCAAUGAGUGAGCGUGCACUUGCUCAGAAGAGACUUAGUGAAAAUGCAUUUGACCUUGAAGCCAUGAGCAUGUUAAAUCGAGCACAAGAGCGGAUUGAUGCCUGGGCUCAGCUCAACUCAAUACCAGGCCAAUUCACAGGAAGUACAGGAGUACAAGUUCUGACACAAGAACAAUUGGCAAAUACUGGUGCUCAAGCCUGGAUUAAAAAGGAUCAGUUCUUAAGAGCAGCCCCUGUAACUGGUGGAAUGGGAGCCGUUCUGAUGAGAAAAAUGGGCUGGAGAGAAGGAGAGGGAUUAGGAAAAAACAAAGAAGGAAAUAAAGAGCCUAUUCUAGUUGACUUUAAGACAGACCGAAAAGGUCUUGUUGCCGUGGGGGAGAGAGCACAAAAAAGAUCUGGAAACUUCUCUGCUGCGAUGAAGGAUCUGUCAGGUGAGAGUAAACAUCCUGUAUCUGCAUUGAUGGAGAUUUGUAAUAAAAGGAGGUGGCAACCACCUGAAUUUCUCUUGGUUCAUGAUAGUGGCCCUGAUCACCGCAAACACUUUCUCUUUAGGGUAUUGAUAAAUGGAAGCGCUUACCAGCCCAGCUUUGCCAGCCCUAAUAAGAAGCAUGCUAAAGCCACAGCAGCUACUGUGGUUCUUCAAGCAAUGGGCCUUGUACCAAAGGACCUCAUGGCUAAUGCCACUUGCUUCAGGAGUGCCUCACGUAGAUAGAGAUUGAGGUUU